GUCCCCAGCUCCCCUCGCUCCGCGCGGCCGCAGCUGCUCCCGCCGCUCCCAGCCCGCCCCGGCGCGGGGCCGAGAUUACCUCGGGCUGCGGCAGCUGCUCUGAGGAGGGGCCGGGCUGGCAGCCAGCAGACCCCUGCCGGACACUCAGCAAACGGCAGCCUCACCCCGCAGGGCCGCGCCGCUCCCGCCCCCGCCCCCACCCCACCGCCGCGCCCCGGCUCAGCGCUUCCCGGGGAACGCAGGGGGACCGGGCUCGCAGCGUGACCUUGGCUACUCAGGAGGCUGAGGCAGGAGAAUCGCUUGAACCAGAGAGGCGGAGGUUGCUGCAAAGCAUGGUGAGGCCCAGUUGAAGAUCUGGAGGCGCUCCUAUGAUGUCCCACCACCUCUGAUGGAGCCCGACCAUCCUUUCUACAGCAACAUCAGUAAGGAUCGCAGGCAUGCAGACCUCACAGAAGAUCAGCUACCCUCCUGUGAGAGUCUGAAGGACACUAUUGCCAGAACUCUGCCUUUCUGGAAUGAAGAAAUAGUUCCCCAGAUCAAGGAGGGGAAAUGUGUACUGAUUGCAGCCCAUGGCAACAGCCUCCAGGGCAUUGUCAAGCAUCUGGAGGGUCUCUCUGAAGAGGCUAUCAUGGAGCUGAACCUGCCGACUGGUAUUCCCAUUGUCUAUGAAUUGGACAAGAACUUGAAGCCUAUCAAGCCCAUGCAGUUUCUGGGGGAUGAAGAGAUGGUGCGCAAAGCCAUGGAAGCUGUGGCUGCCCAGGGCAAGGCCAAGAAGUGAAGGCCAGCGGGGAGGAUACUGUCCCCAGGAGCACCCUCCCUGCCUGUCUUGUCCCUCUGCCCCUCCCACCUGCACAUGUCACACUGACCACAUCUGUAGACAUCUUGAGUUGUACCUGCAGAUGGGGACCAGUGACUCCCAUUUUCAUUUUAGCUAUUUGGUCUCCUGCACCCACUCCCUUCAUACAAUCUAGUCAGAAUAGCAUUUCUACAGCACAGGUUCUCAGUCCAAGCUGUGGAAAAGCUCCCCUUAUCCAACAGAGUUUAAAAGUAGUGACUUGGGUUUUUGCAAGUUGCUUUGUUUACUAAGGACUUGUGGGGAGGAACCAUGCUAAGCCAUGACCAAUGAGGAGAAGCAACAGAGCCUGUCUGUCCCCAGGAGCCAGUCCUCUGCUCUUCUGCAGUCAGGCCACUGCCUGGGGGCUCUAGUCAUUCCAGUGGAAGAUGAAUGUAACCUGCAUGGUGAUAUGACAACUGUUUCCUCCCUGACCCCAGAGGAGCUGGCUCUAGAAGGUUGGGAUCAAUCCUGAAUUUAGUUAUGUGUUACAUUUAAUUUAAAAAGUAUAGUAUAUAUAAAUAAUACAAAACAAUAACCCUUCUGGGGUUUUUUGUGGCGGUUGAAUAGUCCCACAUGUGGUCAUCAGAAAAUAAGCCAUUCCUCAUACCCAUAUAGGAUCAGCUCCUUGACCUCUGAGGGGCAGGAGUGCUUCCUGGUGUGUGUAUUAGAACCCUUCCUGCCUUGUUUCGUGGCAGUGAAAUGCCUCUUGGUCCUGUCCAAGUGUGUCUUUCACUGAUUUCUGAAUCAUGUUCUACUUGCUUGGCCCUGCCACAUGGGUCCAAUGUUCAUCUGAGCAUAAUUGUACUCAAUCCUUUUUCCAGAUCAGUAUAAUAAAGGAGUGAUGUGAAAAAAAAAGAAAAGAAAAAAAGAAAU